AUGUGUCGCUCCCUUGAAGUAUCACAGAAACCUGUCGGUACUCCCCAUCUCAACACUUUUAUGGAGUACCGACUGAAGAAGAGUGAGGAGAGGCAAAAAUUCUCCUCUGGGAAGAUGGCAGGAGAGAAGAGGAAGGCCCCCAGAAAUGUGCAGCUGAUUAGGGAGUUGGCAGUUGGCAUUGACCAUACCGUAGUGAACAGAUUCAACAUCACCAGGUCGAAUGUCUGGGAUGGUGCCAUGAGGGGGUUGAAACGUUCAACAUUUCAAGACAAAGCUGACUUUUAUGUCAAAUUCAGUGAUGAUGCUGGGCUUUUCGAAGACAGCAUAGAUACGGGGCUCCAAAAAGAGAAUUUUUGUCUCAUUAUGAAUCACCUCCCAUCUAGGCUGAUUUUUGACGGGCCACCCCAACAUCGGUACCUUAUUUACAAUGCUCAAGCGAUCAAAGACGAUGAGUACUUCUUGGCAGGGAAGUUGAUUUCUCUAUCUGUCAUUCAAGAAGGCCCGAAUUUUUUAUCUAAAACAUUGGUCGGGUACAUUGUCGGGGAACAGUUCUCUGCGAGUGUCCAGGACGUAACAGAGAGAGAGAUAGGGGGAGCUCUUUCAGAGAUUGAGUCUGCUGGCUCUCUAGAGCAUUUACAAGAUCUCCUGGUGGUCCACAGCUCCAUGCUGCAGAUGGCGGGAUGCUUUAGAUGUGUACAACACAUGGAGGAGAGGCACGUCAUUGUGUCUGAGUACCUGAAAUGGUUUAUUAUUCAACGAAAUUGCAGCGUCAUUGAUAGAUUUAAAGAGGGACUGGCAAGUUUAAAUUUCCUGGAGGCACUGUGCCAGCACCCCACAGCAAUGGCCCCCAUCCUGCAACACACAACCACCGCUUUGUCUCCAACCAUCAUUGAACAGCUUUUCACCCCAAACCUCAGCACAUACGGCAGCAACAGGAGAACGGAGGAAAAUUUAGUUCUGACUUUCUGGGCUGAGUACCUGCUGGACUGUGAAGAAAAAGGAUCGGUGUGUCUAAUGGAACUGAUGAUGUUUGGCACGGGCCUGACCGCUAUACCACCAGGGAGAAUGUUUCCACGGCCCUCGAUCACCUUCACAUCCUGUUCCAGAUAUCCUUUGGCCAACACGUGUGGGAACACAAUAACAAUACCUCUUCUAGCUAACUAUACUCUGUUUAAGGAAAACAUGGACUUUGGGGUGCAAAAUUCACCAGGCUUUGGUUGCCCGUGAAAAACUGACAAGCUUGUAGAGGUUC